CUCACGUCAUGCACAUGGAACAGCCAGGUGUAGUACCUUUUAAACUGCUGUCUAAUGCUCGUCAUUUGGAAAAGGGCUCUGAAGAGCUGCAGGGAAACUUGAGCAAAUCAUCCACAGGAUUUGGCUAUGGUGUCCGCUAAGAUGAUUGUGAAAUCUCUUCUUGUCCUUUAUUUUGUGAUGGCAUCAGUGGAAUCCACAAAGCAAUGUUUAUCACGUCGAUGUCUGGCUAAUGAUUUCAUUGAAAAGCAACUCUAUAGUGCUCCACAGCCUCCAGAUUGUUUUAUAAAUGUGAAUCUCACAACCAUCCAAUAUGAGACUCUCUCUUUCAAUUUACAAAAUUUGCAAUUCUCUAGUCACAUAAAGGUCAACAUGGAAUGGACAGACCCCGACCUUGCAUGGUCAGAUUCACAAUACAAUUUUACCGAAGUUUUACUUCCAUUUAAUUAUAUCUGGCUCCCUAAUCUGACUGUGAACAAUGCCAUUUAUACGGCAGUGGAGCCUCUUUCUCGUGAUAUAUUAGUGGCAAGUGAUGGCACUGUGAGCUAUGGGAUACAGAUGUAUGUAACUGUGGCGUGUGAUAUGAAUCUCUUCGCUUAUCCCUUCAUCGAGGAUACAUGCGAGGUGGCCAUCAAUGGAUGGAAUCAAAGCUCUUGUGGAGUGAAGCUCAAGUAUGGGAACAUAAUAACAGUUGGAGGUCAUCAAGGGGAAUGGCAAACUAAGGACGUGGAACUCUGCGGUGAAGACACUAGCUACCUUCAUGUCACUCUGUACCUCAACCCCUUUAAUGCAUUGGUGUCAUUGGUACUGCCCACUGCACUCAUCAUGGUGGUUGACCUGGUGAGCUUUGCUAUACCUCUGGAUGGUGAACGAAAUGCUUUCAAGAUCAAGUUGGUGUUCAGCUUCACCAUGUUCCUCCUUAUACUUUCCAAACAACUGCCUGAGGGUGGUCCCUGCAGCCCUCUGAUCUAUUAUCACUUUUGCUUCUGCCUGAUUGUGCUGGUUGUGAGUCUGCUGGUAUCCAUGAUGUUGUCUCAACUGGCUAGAACUGGUAGCAUAUGGCCUGGCAGGCCACGAAAGAGUGGAUCAGGCGUCUCCGUGGCUCAACAGGACGAUGCAAUUCAUCAAAAUGACACUGAAAUCAACAGCAUCAAAGCCAACUCUGUGGAUCUGAUAUCGGAUUAUACAUCUAUCCAGAAGAUUUCAAGCUUUGUGAAUAAUAUGGACAAGGAGGUAACAGAGAAAAAGAGGAGACAGGACUGUGCAAAAUCUUGGGACAAUCUCUUUUUUAUUAUAUAUUUGGCCUUGGAUAUCAUUUACAUGUUCUGUGCAUUUUCCUUCUUCAAAACACAGAAGUGUAGAACUAAUAAGGUAAAUUUUUAA